AUGUCUGGUACUAUGUUACCUCAGUUAUUCGUUUAUCCUCUCACCGGUACACAGGUUGUUCCGGCUAAAAAGAAUACAUCAAUUCCUUAUAUUCCUCCCGAAAUUAUUCGUAUUAUUCUUAGUUUACUAAGAGAUGAUAGAAAAACUCUUGCAGCUUGUUCUUUAGUUAAUCAUACUUUCAAUCUUCACGCUACUCCAAUCUUAUAUCAUACCGUCGCGUUUACUUUUCCUCAUACCUUUACACAUUUUAUUAAUGCUUUCAAUGGUAUUAAAAAGCGUUGUUCUCAAAUAGUUCGCCAUUUGGACCUUUCUAGUUUUUCUACCUGCGGCCUACAAAAAAGCGCUUUUGAAACUCAAAUUGUCGUCUCCCCAGAUCAUUUAAUUCAUAUUCUAAGAUCUUUUCCUGAAUUAAAGGCUUUUUCUAUAUCAGAAUCUUUGGAAUCUGUAAUUACCCUUGAUGUUUUAAAAGUCCUAUUUUUAGAAUGUAAAAAUAUCAAAAUUAUUGAUUUUUGUGGAUGUACUAGUAAACAAUUCAGUAGAGCUUUAGAUGAAUUUUCUCACUUAAUCGGUCGCGUUAGAAUAGAACAAUCUUGUAAUGAUUACAAUGAAUCAAUCAUUUCUUUUCACAUGACUUGCAAACCUUUACUAUCUCAUUUACAAAGACUUUCAUUUCAUGAAUGUCCUAUAAUUUCUGAAUAUACAACUAUUAUACCUCUUCUCGCUCAUGCUCCAAAUCUUACACAUCUUGAUUUGGGUGGCUGUUCUAUCAGUGAUUUAACUUUAAACUUCUUAGCUGGAACAAAUAUUCCAACUAAAUUAUUACAUUUAUUAUUGGCUAAAUGUAAAAAUAUUUCAUCCGAUGCUAUUUCAUCUUUUAUUUCUAAAUGUUCUCAACUGGAAACUCUUAAUCUUUAUGGUGACAGAAAUAUCACUACAGCUAUUAAAGAAUGUGAUUUAAUAACUAUACUUCAUUCACCUAACGCAAAGAAUUUCCGAUCCUUAGAUAUUGGUUCUUCACAAAUAACUCCUUUGAUUUUAACUACUAUCAAAAAAAAUUGUCCAUCUUUACAAAAUCUUGGAAUUUCAAAAGCUCAAAUUACUAAUUUGACUCAUAUUAAAGAUCUUUUAAUAACAUUAUCAAAUUUACAAUACAUUGAUCUUACUUCAAUCCCAUGUUUUAAUAUUUUAAAUACAAAUGGUUUAUUUGUUGACAUAAAAAAGAAUAACCUUCCUAUUCAUACAAUUGAGAUGAAUGAUUCACUACUUAAAAAACUUUAUGCUAUUGAUGAAUGGAAGAUUGAUGUAAAUUAUGGUAGAAGAUGGUAUUACUCUCGCAAAACUCGAAGAGAUUCGAUUCGACCUGAUAGAGUACAUGGUAGAAAAUUGGAUAUAACUGAAUAUGGCCCAGAAUAUGUGAGCAAGAUUUUUCAAUAUUAUAGUUUUGACGCGUGA